GUCUUUUUCUUUCAAUUUCUCGGCAUUUACGCGAGUUUUAACAUUUUAAUCACAUAGAUAUGGAAAUUGUAAUCCGUUAAAUGAAUUUCGGAUAAAAAACAAUAUUUCGGAUAAAUUGAAUUAAUUUCCUCCUUCAAAAAAAAGUUUUGAAAAUACCUAUACAUAUUGAAGUUGCAUACAGUAAUAUUUGUCUUGCUAAAAUGGUUUGAAAACAGAUCUUGGACACACAUUCAGUCACUGACUCAUGCAUAGUCAAUAUCUUGAAUAAGCCAGAUCUUUCUUGAUUAGAAGCAAAAAUAGGUUGUCAUAUUUUUUUUCAAUCGUUUGCUUUGACAUCAUGCCUAACAUGUUUGACAUCAAAAGAAGCCAUGACCUUAGUAUCUCCCAAUUGGCACAAAUGGGAGCUGCAAAGCUGAUCCAGUUGUUGUUACACUACGUGUUGAUGGUGGUUGGCUGGGUGUGGGUGCCUGUCACAGAAAGCCUCUUCUCCAGCUGGUACGAUGGGUCAGCCGAAACGGUCAGCCCUGUGGAAGAUGAGGUGCUUCUAGACAGUGCCACAUCAUUGGCCAGGAAGAUCAGAUCUAGAGAGCUAAAGGCUGCAGAUGUCAUGGAACGGUUCAUAUCCCGUGUAGAAAAAUGUAAGGACCUAUUGAACGUGGUCGUCUACACGCUGUAUGACAAGGCCCUUGCUGAGGCUCAUGAACUGGACAGGCAGCUUGAUGCUGACAACAAGGAUGACCGUUUCUCGGAGGAGAAUAUGCCGCUACUUGGUGUACCUUUGUCUGUGAAGGAGGCUUUUGCUGUGAAAGGGAUGCCUAAUUGUUCGGGGCUGGUAUCGAGGAAGGAUUACCGUUCAGAGUGUGACUGCCCAGUGGUGUCAAGACUAAGGGCUGCAGGAGCCAUUCCGUUCUGCUUAACGAACACCAGUGAACUGUGUAUGUGGUACGAGUCGGCCAACUGGGUGUACGGACGAUCCAAGAACCCGUACAACACAGGCAGAAUUGUUGGCGGAAGCUCGGGUGGCGAGGCUGGGAAUGUAGGGAGUGGUGGGGCACUGAUAGGAAUAGGCUCUGACAUCGGAGGAAGCAUACGCAUGCCCGCAUUCUUCUGCGGAAUAUUCGGACACAGGCCAUCCAGAGGCUUUGUGCCAAAUGAGGGUCAGUUCCCAAUGGCAGGAGGCAGGGAGCAGGAUCUAUUGAGUACAGGACCCAUGUGCCGAUACAUGGAAGACAUUGUACCCACUCUUAAGGUUAUGGCCGGGAAAGACGAGCAGGUCGAUCUCAACAAAAAGGUAGAUGUAUCGAAGUUGACAGUGUACAACAUAGAGGAUGACGGGGGCUCUUUGCUCUUGUCAAAGGUUGACCCCCAGCUGAAGGAGGCCCAGGCCAGGGCUGUGCAUUACUUGCAGACAUCUGCUGGGGUAACAGUGAAGACCAUGAAAGUGGAGAAAUUCAAGUAUGCAUUUGAAAUGUGGUCAGCUAGAAUGACAACAGCGGAGGGCAAAAAUUCAUUCCAGGCACUUCUAGGAGGAGAAAAUGGGAAAAUAAAUCCAUUGGUGGAGCUCCUGAAAUGGUUCGUUCACUGCUCCAACCAUACCCUGCCAGCCAUUACUCUAGGUCUGGUUGAAAGUCUAAACCCCUUACUGGAAGGUUCUAACAAGAGGUCGCUUAAAGGCUUGGAGAAAUUGGAGGAAGAGAUGAAGGAAAUGCUAGAUGAAAAUUCUGUGAUUUUAUACCCAACACAUCCAAAAAUAGCUCCCUACCAUAACCAGCCCAUACUGUAUCCCUUCAAUUGGGCGUAUACUGGUCUGUUCAAUGCUCUUGGCUUGCCGGUUACGGCAGUGCCCCUGGGUUUAGAUAAAAAGGGGCUACCCUUGGGUAUUCAGAUUGUUGCAGGCAUGAAUUAUGACAGGGUAUCCAUAGCUGUUGCCCAGGAGUUGGCCAAGGGAAAUGUUGCCAGAUGGGUCAAUCCAGGCACCUGAGUAGCAAAUGAGAUUGAAAUGUUGUUGAAGCAUUUAGAACAUUAUGAGACUGUCAUUGUUUUUAAUUUUUAGAUUGGAGAAUUUAAAUAAAAAUCUAUAGAAUGUACCUUUAGAAAUGGAACAGUUUUCUUACAAAUAACAUGAUAUACUAGUUUACAUAUUAAAAUUACACUUAAUAGAAAAAGUUUGAACCUGUUGACAGGGUCUAAAGGUGUUUGAAAGAAAUGAGAAGACCUUAUUUUUGUUAUUUAAGCUGCACUCUCACAGAUUGAACGUUUUGACAACUUUUUUUAUUUUUUGUCUUGGAACAAGCCAAAUUUUGCGAAAAUGCACGGAAACCAGUUAUAUAAGACUGCUGACAAAAAACUACAUCGCAUAUUUUUAUAUUCGAGCUCCUAAUAUUUUAUGCAUUUUUCUUAAACCAUUAGUUAUGGUUUAAGCCAUUAAACAUUAAUUUUCCAACGGAUAUAUGAAAAUCUGCAAUCUGAUCUUUUGUCAGCCAUCUUUUAUCAUUGGUUUGCAGAUAUUAACGCAAAAAUUGGCUCUUUCCAACACAAAAAAUAAAAGUUGUAGAAACGGUAAAUCUGUGAGAGUGCAGCUUUAAGAUAUUAUCUUAAAGCUGCACUCUCACAGAUUUACCGUUUCUACAACUGAUAAAAUAACUUAUUAUUUGUAACGAGGAAAAGAAUACUGUUGAUAAUGAUUAUUGAUCUAAUAAUAGAUUAAGAUCAACAUCUAAUGUUGAUAUUUAUGUUUUAGCUAUGGUUUCGUUAUUGUAAAACGUAAAAAAAGUUUUUAUACAUGAAUUUAUUAAUUAAUGUUGUAUUAUUUUGUAUAAGAAACUUUUAAUUCAAUAAAAGGACAAGUUAACUUUUAAUAUAAUUUAUAAUUUUGAAGUAACCUUCUUAUCUGGUGGUAGUUUGGUCAAGAUAUGGUUAUGUUAUUGUAAAACAAAUAUUAUUGUGAUAUAUUUAUUUUGUAUGUUGUUGUUGUAUUUGAAAGCAAUGGUAUUAUAAAUUCUUGGAAUUUCCAACCUUCUAUGUGCCAAGUGUCAAAAAUAGACAAUGAUUUAUGCUGAUCUCAGUAUUCAAAUAUUGAACAAAAAUAAAUACAAUUUGUUCCAUAUUCCUAAAUUGUUAUAAGAAAGGGUUAACAUGGCAUUUAUCUACAUUUGUAUAUACUUUUGCUGUUUUUUAUUUAUUUUUUAUUUAACUUUUCCGUUAUUUAUUUUUGUUCACUAUUUUAAGUUGUUCAUAUACAUGUAUAUAUACAUGUAUGUUGCUAUAAGUAGUCAUUUUUCUCUCUGAAAAGUGAUUUAAAUCAAAUUAAGGUAGAUUAUCCAACAGUAGGAUGCAAAGAUGUGUUAGUGAAUUUUAGUUAUGAACAUUGAAAUUAUUGUUAUUUUUAAGUUAUAUUGAUCAACUUUUAUAUUAUUUUUGCAUGGAUAACAUUUUCAAAUAACACCAUAAUGGCACUUCUAUCAUUAUCAUGAUAUGAUGUAUUAAAUGUUUUUCUGUAAAUGCAAUAUGAUGUAUUAAAGGGGGGUAAUACACAUGUUUAUAAAAAAAUACUAUGAUUAAAUAGCAAUUUUAUUAAUUUGUUUCUUCAAAAACAUAACGUCUAUAUAAAAAAUAUCUCUAUGAAAACUUAACACUUUGUAACUUUUAAAAGAAACUUUACCAGUAGUAAUGUUUGGUACUAAUGAUGGAUGUAUAAACUUUAGACAGAAUAUUUCAUUAUCUUAUUUUCUGCAUUCAGUACAUAGCUGUGCAAGGCAUUUUCUGUAAUUGUGUUUCUUACUUCGUACAAUCAUUUUAAAGGGAGCAAUCCUCUUCGGAACAAAUCUAGUCUUUAGUAUUGUUAUGUCUGUAUGCUUGAAAAAAAAAUAAAACAAAAAGUGAGA